UUCAUUUUUAAUUCACGCGGCUGAUGCAUGGCGGAUUGUUAUGGAGGUGCAGAUGGGACCAAGGAACAAAAGAAAACUUUUAAGUUUUCCGACAGUAGAACUGGGGAAACAUUAUGCGUGGUCAUCCCUGAGGUCAUUGAUCCAGCCUAUGGCAUGUAUGUGUGGCCUUGCGCUCCAGUUUUGGCGCAGUACAUAUGGUUUCAUCGACAACAUUUAACAACAAAGAGAAUUUUGGAGCUUGGAGCAGGGACAGCUUUACCAGGGGUAGUGGCGGCUAAGUGUGGGGCCCAGGUUACGCUAAGUGAUAAUGCUUUAUCCACCCAGUGUCUAAGAAACUGUGAGCAAAGUUGUGAAGUUAAUGGACUUGAAAAUGUGAAAGUCAUAGGACUGACUUGGGGCCAGUUUACACUCGAACUGACGUCUUUACAACCAGUGGAUGUUAUUUUGGGCUCAGACUGUUUUUAUGACAAGAAGGAUUUUGAGGAUAUUAUUGUGACAGUGUCCUUCUUACUAGAGAAGAAUUUAGGCUCCCAGUUUUGGUGUACUUACCAACAAAGAAGUUCGGACUGGUCAAUUGCCCAUCUAUUGGAGAAUUGGAAGUUAACAUGUGAGCAUGUGCCCUUGACAUGCUUUGCAGCAGAGACUCCUCACCUGGCUGGGUCUAAUUUACCUGGUGAUCACACCAUACAUUUGUUGAUCAUAAAGAAAGUCAACAAUCGGGUCACCAAGUCUUUUACAUGAAAUGUAUUAGCGGUCUCUCACAUCAGUUUCUUGUCAGAACAAAAAAGACAAAAAAAAUCUAAUUUAAAUUUCCUAAUAAUAUAA